AUGGAGGCUGCAGAGGAAGAGCUGUCUGACGGAAUACAGGUUCUCCUAUCCACAGAGGGCAGAGAUGUGGCCCCUCACUGUCCCCAUGGUGAGAACUGGUUACCCCAAAACUGAACAUGCUACCCUUCACUGCAUCAAAAAUAAACAAAUACAGGGAAUGGGGUCUGAUAGGUCAUCAAAUGUGAAAACUAAUAAACACACAAACUAGUGAAAGUUUUUUUUUUGUUUUUUUUUUUAAUUAAAACAGCCUAAUAGGGAGAACAAGUAUUUCCAGGAGGUAAACUUAAUUAACUGUACAAAUCCCAAACAGAUUAGUCUCAUCUACCUCCUAACCUGUCAGUGGGGUUGAAGUGUAAGGAUUAUAAUGAUAUAAGAAACAACCUUAAUAGGCUUUCAUUGUGUGCUUCACAGGGCGCACUUCACUUUCUGAUUGUAAGCUCAUGGGCUAACUAAGCACAUUGUAUAAAAAUAGCUUCAAAGGCUAGAUCUCAGUUUAAGGGCACUACCCUCUUUGCCUCUUGUAUUUCUCUGUGUAUAUUGUACUUUCUCCCUUAAUUGUACAGCGCUGCGGAAUAUGUUGGCACUUUAUAAAUGCCAGUGCUAAAUAAAUAAAUGUGGUACACGCUCGCCAUGAUGCUUGGUUUGUCUCACGAUAUCAUGUAGCGGUUAACAGACAAAUGUUGGCUUUCAAUGGCAUCAGCUCAGUACUUCUCUAUAAAGUAGGCACUGUAAUCUGGAACUAUCAUGUAGGUAUAGCUUCUAUAUAUCAGUGAUUUGGAAGAGACCAUAAUAUUCUGAGGGACUCCUUUUUGUUUUGCCUUUUCUUUGUCCAUAAUAUCAUGCUAUACUGUAAUGACACUGUCUGUGUUUGUAGCAGCGGUAGAAAGAGGAUUCAGGCACUCCAAGUAGCUUCAAUUAAAUUUAUUAGCACAAGUGAGACACUGUCUGUGUUUGGUCAUUUCUAAUUAUUCUUUGUGAACACUGUUCAUUGUAGGUCCAAGCACUUCCAUAAUGCUACCUGAACACCUGUAUCAGAUCACAGUGUAAAAUGUAUAAAUCCAUGAGAUUCUCUCUCUGAUAAAAAUGGGUCUGGUAGAUUGAAUGGAUGACUAAGGGUAAACUAUAGCCUUGAAGUUCUUUUAAAUCUGUUUACAUAUCUGUAUGAUUUUGAUUAUGGCAUUUUUUUUAUUUAUAUUUUUACGAGAUGAGGAAAGUAAGCCAGGUUAAUGAAAUCUUAAUGAUGAGUGUUUUGUCUUGUUGUUACAGGACCAACCCUGCUGUUUGUAAAGGUUUCUCGGGGCAAAGAAGAUGGCAGAAAGUUCUAUGCAUGUUCAGCUUGUAGGGACCGGAAAGACUGCAGAUUUUUCCAGUGGGAAGAUGAAACGGUACGCAUGUUUAAUAGAUGCUGCAUUAACUAAUAUUUUCAGAAUACAAAAUGGAGACCCAAACUUUUGUUUUAUGCAACAUUUAUUUAUUUAACCUAUUUCUGUACAUCACCAAGACAGAGAAUUGUAAAAACGUAUGACAAGGUGUCAGAAACGGAUCAUGAAAGUACGAUCUUGGUAUCAUAGCUCUAACAUUGCCAGCAUUUAAAUAUGUAGAGGGAAUUAGAAUUUUACACUUAAAGGGACUCUCCAGUGCCAGGAAAACAAAUCCGGCAGGCCCCUGCAGUGCCCCCUCCCCGCCACCACCCAUCCCAUGUUGCUGAAGGGGUUAAAACCCCUUCAGUGAUUUACCUUAAUCCAGCGCCAAUGUCCCUCGGGACUGUCAGGCUCCGCCCACGCUCCUCCCGUCAGAGGGGGAGACCUAAUGCGCAUGUGCGGCAUUAUUAUGCCCCAUUAUUCAAUGCUUUCCUAUGGGGAAUCCUGCAACGCUGGAGGUACUCAUGCAUAGUGUGAGGACGUCCAGCGUCGUUUAAAACACUUUUCGUGUUCUAAGAACCUGGAAGUCCCUCAAGUGGCUGUCUGAUAGUUUAAAAAAACUGCAAUAAUUACUCUUGCAGGAUUAAAGGUGAUGGAAGUUGUCUCCCAGACCACUCCAAUGGGCAGAAGUGGUCUGGGUGCCUGGAGUGUCCCUUGAAGCUUCACUGGAUACAAAAAAACACAUUAGUUUAAAUGGAAAUUGUCUCACACGAUCUCUCUCCUGGUAAAGGGAUUCAAGGUACUUUUGUUAGAUGAUGUUAUUUGGGAUUAACCAUUUAUAGUAUUGAAAAUACUGUAGGAGAGCCUUGACUUGCUGCUUUUAUACAUUGACUUGCCACUUUUUUGUAUUUACUGGUUUAAAUGGAAAUUGUCUCACAGGAUUUCUCUUCUUCAGGUAAAGGGGUUGAGAAUACAUUUGGUAGAUGAUGUUACUUGUGAUUAACCAUUUGUAGUAUUUAAUGUUGCGUAGGCUUUUUUUUUUUUAGACCUAAAUACAAUCUCUCCAAUCUUUCAUUACUGGACCCUGCUUAUUUAUUUCUCUCUGAUGCAGCUCAGUAUAUUUGAGUAUUUAUUUUACUCAGUUGGUUUGUAACCUUUGAUGUCAUCACUCGUUUGUUACACCUUUGUUUUUUUUCUUUCUUACAAACAGGGUGAUUCACUAGUGAGAAUUCACUGUCAAUUUAAAAUUUAAAGCCAAAAUAGCUGAACUGGAUUAAAGGACCACUAUAGUCACCCAGACCACUUCAGCUCAAUGAAGUGGACUGGGUGCCAGGUCCCCCAGGUUUUAACCCUGCAGCUGUAAUCAGAGCAAUUUUAGAGAAACUGCUAUGUUUACAUUGCAGGAUUAAUCCAGCCUCUAGUGGCUGUCUUCCUGACAGCCGCUAGAGGCGCUUCCCCAACGCUCAAUGCGAAAAUCGCAUUGAGCACGCAGAACGUCCUCAGGAAAGCAUUGAGAAAUGCUUUCCUUUGGGCGGUUUUUAAUGCGCGCGCGGCUCUGGCCACGAAUGCACAUUCGGCUCCACUCGAAAGCUGACGUCGGAGGGGGAGGAGAGGUCACCAGCGCUGAGGGAGCCCGGCGGGAGGGGGGCCCUGAGGGUGGGGGGGAACUAAGGAUUAUAUAGUGUCAGGAAAACUAGUUUGUUUUCUUGACACUAUAGUCAUCCUUUAAUUCUCAAAUUAAGAUAUGCUUGCAGCUUGGCUAUUUUAGGUCUAAGAUGAGAAAUACCCCUUCAAUUCACUUUGAAUUCUCAACAGUUCACACUUUAGUAAAUAAGCCUAAAAUACUUUUAUAAUCUCAUCGGACAUGCCAGUUAUCCAAAUAUUUACUUUUAUUUGAUAGUUGGUAAUCCUUACCUUACUCGCCCCAAUUUUUUGUUUUGAUUUAUUUUUUUCAUUAAUAUUUUUAUAAUGAAUAUUUGAUUGCAGAUUUCACAAGCUAGGCUUCUAGCACGAGAAGAAUACAACCAAAGCAGAAAGCCUUCCUUGACCCAUGAACAGUAUAUGUUAAGGUAUCUCUAUCUGUUCUGCAGUUGGAUAAAUUGCAUUAACAAAGAAUGAUUUCACGUUUUAAGAAUAAUUUUGUUUUGUUUAUUAAACACUUUUAAGUUUGUCUUUACAGCAAAUCAAAAUUGUCAGUUUUGCAUCAUCUACAAAUUUCUAUUAGGACAUUGGGAAAAUAUCCACCUCGGGCACAACUAUUUUGAGACAUUUGUCUUGGCUUGACAUGCAAAUGAACACAGGCAGGCGUUAUGAUUUAAACGUCAUGCUGCAUUUCAGCCAGUUCUCAUGGCAGUAUAGUACUGUUUUACAGUUUUGACAUGUAGGUUCACAACCCAUGCUCUGGCUUAAAAAAACCUAUGUAAAUGCUAUAUGAAGUAUGAAACAUUAUGCCUGUCUGUGCUCGUUUGUGUAUUGAGCUGGGAAUUCUGGGGGAAUUCUAGAAUACGGUUUUCUCAGAAUCGCUGUGCCCAAGGCAGACUUUUCUUCUUUCCUCAGAAGUCCUCCUGGAGAUCUGAAGAUGAUGCACAGCAGGAAACUUUGAAUUUCCAUAAAACAGUGGUGAUUUUAUCAUGCUUUGAGCUUACCACAAGUUAUUUAGUACUUAGUCAUAAAUCAAUCAAACAUACAAUACAUGUGAGGUUUAUUUAUUAAACUGGAUAUUAUGAAGAAUUAACCAUUGAACUAUAAAUAUUUGCCUAAAAGAGACAAACGUAAGCUAUUCCCCAACUUAGCUAGUUUUGAUGCCCAUGUGCUUUAGCCUAAAAAUUGCGAUUAUUUUCCCAACUUGCCAUAAUUGCAGAUUUAUAGAAUAAAUGGACAUGGUAUUGAAUAUUAUUCCAACACAAUGUUAUGUGUAGUACAUGAUUGUGUUAUACUAUUUUCCUUGUAUUAUUUUUAUAAUUGCACAUCAGGUUCCAGGAAUAUAUCAGAUUACCGUUGGCGAAAAGAAAGUUUUGCAGAGACUGUCAGCAACUUCUUCUGCAGGAGGAUUGGGACAAUCACUCUGGUCAUCAUGUGAUUGGUGACGUGUCUGUAUCCCGGUUAAAGAGACCCAGCCAACUGCUUCAUCCCUUGGAAAACAAGAAGACCAACGCACAAUAUUUGUUUACUGAUAGAAGCUGCAAAUUCCUCCUGGAAACUAUUCGCUCCCUAGGCUUCACAAGAGUGAUCUGUAUUGGCACUCCCAGGUACGAACUUGUCAUCAAACUGCACAAUGUAAUGUAUUUUAGCAAACACCAAAUCAUCCCACGUCUUCUUUACAUCAUUGGGUGUAAACUUAAAGAGUGCCAGUUAGAAUGCUUGACAAAUAGAAUGUUUAAAAGUCAAAUUAUGUUCGUAGCCCAGUAAUGAAAUAGUCAUGAUGAGAACUGCAUUCGUGUUCAAUGCUUGCCUAGCAUGACAGUUUGUACUUGGGCUGUACCAAUAUACAAACACGCACUUAAUCCAGUGGGUAAGUGCCAAUCUGGAAAUUAGGUAAGUAUCCUAUCAAAUAUAGUAAAUACUCAAUAUAUAUAAAGACAUAGAGCAGGGUACAGAACAGUGCAAAACUUACAUAUAAAUAUAUAUCCACUAGCCUUAUAAGGCUACUCCAAUAUCAAAUAAAUAGCUAUACACUGGGUUGUAUCGUAACCUGUAUGAUGCUUAGAGUCAGAAGGCUUUAUUGUGCAGGCCUAUUAGUAUAACGCAUACCGUAUAAUCCGAGUUUUUCGGCACAUUUUUUGUGCUGAAAAACCCCAACUCGGCUUAUACUCGAGUCAGUCUGAAUUAUGGCAAUUUACAUUGCCAUAAUACAGACUAGGACCGCCGGGCUCAUUACAAGCCCGGCGGUCCUGUUGGGGGCUGACAGCGAGCUCUUACUUACCUUCCUGCAGCUCCUGUCAGCUCCCUCCUCCUCCGUGCAGCUCCCCGGUCAGCUCCGUUCUGCUCACAGUGUAAGUCUUGCGAGAGAGGGUCUCGCGAGACUUACACUGUAAACAGAACGGAGCUGAGAUUGUAAGCUCAUGAGCUAUCUUGCACAGCACAUUGUAUUACUAGGACAGAUUACAAGUCUUCUGGUAGAAUUCUAUUCUAUAAACCAUUUAUAUCAAUAUGUCAAAUUAUAUAUAUAUAUAUAUAUAUAUAUAUAUAUAUAUCUGUCUGUAACCUUAAAGGCACACUGUAGGCAAUGUAAUCAUUUCAUCUCAUUGAAUUGAUUAUAGUGCCUAGAGUCGUCUGGCAAUGUACUCCAUUCAGUAUUAAGCCAUGUUUGAGCAGUUUAACACUAAAUAAGGGACCCUGGUCACCCAGAAAUCGGCAUACUUCUAGCCAUACCAAUUCAUACUAGCAAUGGGCACUGUGAUAGGAUGAAAGCGCUCAGCUGACACUCCCAACCAAUUAUGCUGCCCAUUUCUGCUCAGGCCAAUGCCUCAUCAGCAGCCCAGGCAACACAGAGCAGAUGUGCUGGGGACUCUCAUUUAGUGUUAAAUCAUUAAAAACUAUUUAACUUUGGAUGGAAGGACGGCACAAGGGGAUUCCAUAUACUUAUAACCACUUUAAUAAAAUAAAGCAGCUACUGUGCCUACAGUAUGCCUUAAACUAGGAUUCACUGCUACAUCUUGUAAUGUGCCCUGGAAGGGAGCUCCAUAUAAGAACUGUUUUGUAAUAUUAUUAUUAUCAGUAAAUAAACUGCUAAUCCUGUGAAGAGAACUUUCACCAAUGAAGUCAGCAGUUAUUCCUGUUACUGAUUGAUCAAUUAUCAAUUUCGUAAGAUGUGAGAAGUAUAUUAGACACGCCCUGGUUGAAUUUCUUUAACACUAAUGGGUAGUGCUUUCAGCUUCAUGCUCACCUUAAAACUCACGUGUCAGCAUUGAUUGUAUUAAUUAUCUAGUGCUUGCAAGGAUUUCACAAGCUACCUAUGCAUUCAGUGGCAGCAUACAUAGUGCUUAGUUUUGUGAAAAUAUUUAUUUUGACUGUGUAUAUAGUAAUGAAGGUUUCCGACAGUUUCCGUGGAAAGUCAUUACUGCAACAGCAUUCAAGGCUCACUCUGACUUCUUCUGAGAUCAUCUUAUCUAAUGCUGCUUUAGGGGGGAUUUAAAGGGAAACUCUAUGCACCAGAACCACUGCAGCUUAAUGUAGUUAUGUGACAAAGAUACUGUUCCAGCAGGAACGGCAGUAUAAACACUGCCUUUUAUGAAAAGCCAGUGUUUACACUGCUGCCUAAUGCCUCUAGCUGUCACUCAGACAGCCACUAGAGGCGCUUCCUUGAUGUGGCCCUGCAUCUCCAUUCACUGCAUGGAAUCAAUGCACCUCUAAGAGGAGAUUCUGAUUGGUGCAACAUUGUGGUUGCUGCUCAUGCGCACUAGCCUCCCAAUGCUACCCCAUUGGAUUGAUUUAGAUCAAGGAUGAUCCUUAAACAGAGGACAAGUGGUGGCCAUGGAGAGACCAGCACCUGGAGAAAUAAGUUAAGUACAUCUAUUUUAUUAAGGGGGGGCUGUAUAACUAAAAAGUUAGAAUAGCACUCUAGUGUUAGGAAUAUGUUUUUAUGUAUUACUAACGCUAGAGUAUUCCUUUAACAGUGUUCGGCAUCAUCAGGAAGCAAAAUGUGAACAGUUUCAGAAAACCAAGGCAUUCUUAUUGACACUCACUAGAGACAUUUUGAAUGACAAUUGUUCCAUUAAGGCACCAAGAGUAUUAUGUUAAAGGACCACUAUAGUGCCAGAAAAACAUACUUGUUUUCCUGGCACUAUAGCUCCCUGAGGGUGCCCCCACCUUCAGGGACCCCCUCCCGCCCGGCUCUGGGGAGAGGAAAGGGGUAAAAACUUACCUUUCUCCAGCGCUGGGCGGGGAGCUCUUCUCCACCGAUGAAGUCCCCCUGCUGGCUGAAUUCAAAUAAAAUAAUGUUAAAAUAAGUGUAGACAGCCGCUAGAGGAAUUGGAGGAAGGAUUAACCCAUUUAUAAACAUAGUAGUAUGUUUAUAAAAAAAUGGGUUAACCCCAGCUGGACCUUGCACACAGACCACCUCAUUAAGCUGAAGUAGUCUGGGUGCCUAGAGUGGUCCUUUAAGCUGUAUGUUUAUGAUGCUUACUGUCCCUUUAAGGAAAAUUUAAAUAUGCAACUCAUUAGACAGUCACUUUGAGAAACCCACUGCAUAAGAAUAGAAUUAUUUGAAUAAAAUUAGUGUUAUCAAUUUGACAGAUUUCCUCUGCUGUAUAAAUUUCCUGUUACUAAUGUGACUGUUUCUGCCUUAUUUCUGUGUGAUAUUUUAGGCUACAUGAGUGGAUUAGACUCCAAACCCAUGAAGAAUCAGGACUUAAAGUUAAAAGUCUCUUGCUAGACAUUGACUUCAGGUGAGUGUAUAUUUAAAGGACUAUUCUACAAACCUGUGAUGUAACAUUGAAUUAAGGUUCCUGGCUGCCCACAGCCCAGCUUCCACUGCAGAUAUGGUAACGGCAGACUCUAUUCUUUAGCCAUACAACGUCAUAACAGCAAUGGACCGACCGCUGUGAUAGGCUGUGAGCAGUCUGCGGACACCCUCAACUGUGACCCAUUGAUUUCAGGCUAGUACUUCCUCAUUAGCCCAACCAGCAUAGAGAGAAUGGGCUGCUGUUUAGCAUUAAACCAAUAAAAACAGUUUUACAUUGAACGAAGGCACAGCACCAUGGGAUUCCAGUCACUAUAACCACUUCAAUCAUACUAUGCAGUUAAAGUACCUUGAGUGUCCCUUUAACCCUGUUAUUAUUGCAGUGUCUGAAAGAAAUAGCUGCGAGUGUCGCUUUUAAAAUUUUGCUAUCUAUAUAUUUCUGAUUCUUUUUUUUUUUUUAUUUCAUUUUUUUGUUAUUUAACCCCUUAAGACCGAAGGGCGUACUAUUCCGCCCUAUUUCAGGCGGCUCUAAAUGCCGCCGGGCGUAAUAGUACGCCCUCCGUUUUUUUUUUUUUUUACUUACCCAGCGAUCGCGGUUGGGGGGACUCCCACGGAGCCCCAUGCAGCACAUCCGACCUCCUGCAACCCCUCACAAUCACAUGGCCGUGUUAGCUGGCUGCUACAUUGCCAGCAGGGGGACUGCCUGUAAUUACAGUUAGUCACCCUGCUGGCUGAAUUCCAAUAAAAUAAUGUUAAAAUAAGUGUAAAAAAAAAAUAAUUUAUAUACUUAGAUCAUAUAUAUAUAUAUAUAUAUAUAUAUAUAUAAAUAUUGUUAUAUAUUUAUAUAUAAUAUAAAAAAAAUGUAAAUACAUUAAAAAAUAAAAUUAAAAAAAUAAUAAAAAAUAAAUAUAGAUGUGUGUUAUUUCUUUCUAACUGUAUUGUGAUAUUAAUAUAUAUAUAUUUAUAUCAAAAUACACGUUGAACGAAAUAAUAUAUGUAUCUAUAUACAUAAAUAUAUACGUAUAUAUCACUAUGUAAAUAAAAAUAUUAAAAAAAUUAUAUAUAUUAAUUCUACAUAUAUAUUUAUGUAAUAUUUUUACAUAAUUAGGUAUCUUAAUUACAAUUAGCGGGACCUGCCUGACAACCCAUGCCGAAAGUAAAGGGAAUUUAAUUUGCUAGCACUAUAUUUAACCCUAUAACUUUCCGAGACACCAUAAAACCUGUACAUGGGGGGUGUACUGUUCUACUCGGGAGACUUCGCUGAACACAAAUAUUAGUGUUUCAAAACAGUAAAAUGUAUUACAACGAUGAUAUCGCCAGAAAAAGUUAUGUUUUUUGAAGUUUUCAUGCACAAACAGCACUUACAUGGACGAUAUUAUUGCUGUGAUACUUUUUACUGUUUUGAAACACAAAUAUUUGUGUUCAGCGAAGUCUCCCGAGUACAACAGUACCCCUCAUGUACAGGUUUUAUGGUGUUUUCAAAAGUUACAGCGUCAAGUAUAAGGCUUGUGUUUCAUUUUUUUCACAUUAAAAUUCGCCAGAUUGGUUACGUUGCCUUUGAGACCCUAUAAUAGCCCAAGACUAAAAAUUACCCCUAUGAUGGUAUACCAUUUGCAAUAGUAGACAACCCAAGGUAUUGCAAACGGGGUAUGUCCAGUCUUUUUUAGUAGCCAUCUAGUCACAAACACUGGCCAAAAUUGGCGUUUUUUGCAUUUUUCACACACAAACAAAUAAUAACGCUAACUUUGGCCACUGUUUGUGACCAAAUGGCUACUAAAAAAGACUGGACAUACCCCAUUUGCAAUACCCUGGGUUGUCUACUAUUGCAAAUGGUAGGCCAUUAUGGGUGUAAAUUAAAUUCCUGGGCUACUAUACAGUCCCAAAGGCAACGUAACCAAUCUGGCGAAUUUCAAUUUCAAAUGUAACAUGCUAUAUUUGACCCUGUAACUUCCCAAAACGCCAUAAAACCUGUACAUAGGGAGUACUGUUUUACACGUGAGACUUUGCUGAAUACAAAUAUGUGUGUUUUAUUGCAGUGAAAGCAAACAGUAUUAUGACAUUGACAGGUAGAAUGUCAUGUAGAACUAAAAAAAAAAUUUUUUUUUUUAUUUUCUCCCAUUUUUUCAUAUUAUAUUAAGUUUCAUAGCUAAAUAUUUGAUAUUAAAGGAAAACCCUGUUUCCCCUGAAUAAAAUUAUAUAUAAUAAGGGUGGGUGCAUUUAAUAUGAAAGAGGUGAAUUACGGUUCGACAGACAUGUAGCGCAAAUGCCAGGUUUUGUUUACAUUAUGUUUUGUUCACAACGUGUACAUUUGGCUCAGUCCUUAAGGGGUUAAUUCCACUUGGAUAAUUAUCCAAGGAUAGUUAAAAUGUUGCUCUACAAUUUUUGAUUAUGCAUCAGUUCACAUGGGCACCUGCUAAUUAGCACUGCUGGCCACAGUUACAGAAUGACUGUCUCUCAGGUUUUGAGAGCAGCUGAUGAAUGUAUCACCUUUAAUGACAAUCUGUGCCAUAUGUGUGAAAGGCAGCCGGCUGUGUUAUAUUUCAUGCUGGCAGAGGGGGUUGAAAGCUGAAAAAAUAAUGCUGAUAUUCUUCAUUUUAAUAGGAAAUCAAAUACCUAUUGCUGCAACUAGCUUGAAAGGUCCCUUUUAAUAAGACAGUUUGCGUUCUUACAUUGAGAUCACUCAGCUUUAUAAUCUGUUAUGCACCAGAGCAGCGUUUCCCAAACCAGUCCUCAAGACCCACCAACAGUCCAGGUUUUGUUAGUAUCUCCAUUGGAAUAAAACAGGCAAACACAUAAAUCCUGGACUGUUGGUCGGCCAUUAGGACUGGUUUGGGAACCACUGCACCAGAGGGUUUGCAACUAGUUAAAACUCCUCUAAAUAUGUUGUGCUACAUUAUUUCUGUCUGUAUGUGUAUUGCAUUAAUAUGAUCUUUCCAAGCGACAUUUCCCAUGGUGCUCAGCCACCCUCUUAGCUGUCUGAGAUUCUAGUGAUGGUAGUUCAGAAAUAUUUGGUAGUGCAACGCUACUACUGAGGAUGCUUAGCAUUGUAUUGAAACAACAAAAGAAGAAAUAAAAAAAAAAUUAUAUAGUGAUUAUAUAAUUGCAAUCACUAUAUAAUUUACAAAAAUUUAGUUGCGUUAUAGGUUACUUUUGUAUUAUAAAUUAAAUUACAUAUCUAUAAUACGAAUAAAAUACAGGUGUUCUGUGCUGAUGUUCAUUUCUAUUACAUAGAACAUAUACAGUGCUCCCACUUUUCCUUUGUUUGUCAUUGUUUAAUUGUGCUGUAUUUUACAUACUUAUCAUUUGAUAGUUUUUACUUUUUUGUAUUAAUACCGUUGAUAACAGAUUUCCCAGGCAAUUUCAGCCUUUAACAGAUACACUGAAUAUUAAUAUUUUGGCUAGUGCAGAAAUGUAAUCCAUGUACUACUAGGUUUGGACACUGUGAAUACCUGAGCUGUCUUGGUUUGUAUAUUCUCUCAUUAAAGGAACAUUCCAAACACCAUAGCCAACUCCCCAGGGUGCCAUGCUCUAUCUGGUUGUCUGUCACUGCUUAGUAAAGCCUGGCCAAUGUAGAGCCUCUCGCAGAUUGGAUGAGAGCGCUUGCAGCCAGUGGAUGUGAUUCUGCAUGGCACUGCUUAUCUCUGUAGAGCGGGACCUUGGUAAAUUUUUCAGACUGUACUAAAACAGUUUGUUAGCACCAUAACUACUAUAGAUGAUUACCUAGUGAACCAAUUAGUAAAUCACAAGUGUGGCUUGAAUCUCCUAUCCUGAAUCCGUAUUGAUGUUCCCUUGUCUACACAUGUUCAAACAGUUGAAUCUUUAAAGCAAUGACUGGCACGGGUGCAGUAGGUUGGCGUAUGGAUUAAUGUACCUUUCACAGUGCGUUCCAUUCCCUUGAUGUAGAGUGUUUCAUUUCCAAAUACUGAAGCCAUCUGUUUUGCAGGUAUUCCCAGUUCUACAGUGAGGAGGAAUUCUGUCAUUACAACAUGUUUAACCAUCAUUUUUUUGGUGGCGAGGUAGGAAUAAGUCUUGUGUUCUUUUCAGUCUACAGUUUAUUAAAGCUUUUUGUUACCAGUGCAGAGGGGAGCACAUAAUAAAAAUAGUGACACAUGUACAUUACUGUUAAUAAGCACAACAUAAGGGAAAUGUAAUUUAAACAUUUUUUUUUUUUUUUUUUAAAUGAUGUGCUGUUUGGCUAUUUUGGACAUAUUUGGUUCCUUGACAUGUUACCAUAACUCACUGUUCAGUAAUUUAAUCACGGGGCAGUAAAAUACCCACAAUGUAUUUCAGGCAUCACAGAGCAAGUGUAAAAAAUUUCUUCAAGAAGAUAACGGUGAUGGUGUCAUCAUGGUGACGGACCCUCCUUUUGGUGGCUUAGUGGAACCUCUUGCCUUCAGCUUUAAAAUGUUAAGGGAGAUGCACAAUGGAGCUUCUGCCACAGGUAGGUGUGUGUUUUUCCUUUCCAAUUUGGGUUUCAUUUAUUUUAUAAAGUACAAACAGUGCAAGUAUUCAGUCUUAGUACUUGUGUCAAAAGUUAUACAAAUGGUUAGUGAUAAGCGAACAUAUAUUUCAUGAACAGUUAAUUUGAGGGGAGGGCGAAUACAAAUUGAUCACAAUUUGAGGGUGGCUGUAAAGAAUAUGGUUCCAUUCAAACUUAUCAAAGUUAUAUUUUGGAGAACUUUUGAUAAUAUCAUGAAAUAUCAUAUCGACUAUUUAGAAGUCUUGCCUAGAGUUUACGUAGGUGAUAUGUUAGGUUAAUAUUACAGUAUGUUAGCCGAUUCUGUGUAGGUUUCCUCUUCCUGACAAUGCAUAAACCAUAUGAGAGUACAUCAUUUCAAUAUGUAUAGGUACUAACACAUUCAUUGGACAAUACAUUGAAGGCCUUGAGACCACGAGCAUAGCUGGUUGACUUCUUUGGUAAGUGGCCGACAUGGCCCCAAUUGGGGAGGUAUCUAUUAUGUCUAACAUUGUCUCCACAUAUCCCAUGCAGUAGCUGAUCGUGGAGCAUGUUUUCAUAGCUGAGAAUUCCUAUUCCAUUGUUUGGGAAAUGUGAAUAGAGAUCUCUUGCAAGCAAGGAACACUAUGGUGGCCCACUAGGGUACAACAAAAUCAGAUAUUUAACUGGUUUGGGGUAUGAUAACUGAAAUAUGAAUCGUAGGAGACAUUAAGGGGUAUUGGGGAUAAGAAUUCCUAUUUUAAGCGAACAAGGAAAAGUAUAUUCAACCAAUAUGAGUGGAGUUUGGGACAUCCCCACUAAAAAUGCAGCAUUGUGCUUUUCUCUUGUGAGCAUCUCCAGCAUUUAUUUGUUUUAGUAGGGCACAUAGCUGCCAGUCUAGUAGUUAUUAUGUACCAUUUAUAUAGGAUUUUAUGGAUAAUUUAUACAGAGAGUAAGGCCCUUGUGUAUACUUUUAUAUAAACAUCUGGUUUUAAAAGUAAAUGUAGAGUGGUGAUGAAUUGGGUAAUGUUUGACUCCAAAACUUGGUACUUUAUGUCAAUGUGUUUCUUGGAGGCAGAGAAUUUCUGCUGAGGAUCUGUGUGCAUCUUUAACAUGUCUUUUUUUUUAUAGGGUAUAUUGAGCCCUGUAACAUUAUGAGAGUAGAUUUUCAUCUUAAAAUUUUUUGGUGUUUAACCUAUACUGGCAUAAGACCGUUUCUGUUUGCGGUGUCCCUCGAUGGCAGGGCACCACUCUGCCAAGUACGCUUUGUAAAAUUGAACGCUCUUUAUAUAGCAAUGUUCUCCUUCUGGGUAGCUUAGCGGCAAGUGCUCAUGCCCAGACACAGUACAGUACUACCAGGUGUCAGCAGGUCUCUCUCUUAACUUUUAUAUGUGUCAAAUGUUAUCCUGUUGUAGGGAAGACAGCUGACUAUACUAGAGUUUGUUGUAUCAUGAUGUUGAGGUGGCAUAAUGCCGAUAGGGAAGAAAAGCUGGGGGAAACAAAACCAUAUAACAAAAAAAGCUAAACAAAGCAUAUACAACAUGACCAGUAGUGAUUUAAUUGUUAUGUGCCUGGUGGAACAUGGCGGUUAUGUCCGUGGGUGUAGUGAGGUCUUAGACUGGCAUAAUGUAGUUGGUAGUAACGCAUUAUUAAUGCUUGUGACAGCUUGCAAAGGAAAGCAAUAUGAAUAUUUGCGAGAGAGUGAUAUGCUGAGUACACCGUACAAAGUACAAGUAAUAUAAGAGCAUAUUUUGUUGCCAUUCGAACUUUAUAUAGGCAUCAAUUCUAUAAACAUACUUGAAUAUAAACCAUAUUAAAUAGACAAACAUAGAAACUGUAUGUAAAAGGCAAAGUGUGACAACUUUGUACUUGCCCUUGUAAACACGGUCAUUUAGUUAUAGCCUUCCAUUCUUUUUGGGAGAAGCUGCAGACUUUUUGUGUUUUGGCAGAUGGUAAGUCCCAUCUUUGUAACAGGUGGAGACCUUCAUCUGUAUUCUGAAUCACAGAGAUUUUUUUGCCUGUGUUGCAGAGCUUAAAGGGACACUAUAGUCACCUGAACAACUUCAGCUUAAUGAGGUUGUUCAGGUGAGAACUAUAGCUCCCUGUGGCCUUUCUCAUGUAAACACUGUACUCGGAUCUGCUGUCAGCAGAGCACAGGGCAGCACUGUGCACAGCAUACUGUGAUUCUAUGUCUCCUCCCUCUGCAUGCAGACACUGAACUUUCCUCAUAGAGAUUCAUUGAUUCAAUUCAUCUCUAUGAGGAUAUGCUGAUUGGCCAGGGCUGUGUUUGAAUCAUGCUGGCUCUGCCCCUGAUCUGCCUCCUUGUCAGUCUCAGCCAAUCCUAUGGGGAAGCACUGUGAUUGGAUCAGGCUACCACUGCUUGUUUUUCUGAGUCUAACAGCAUGCUGAUUUACAGCUUCAGGCUUGAAUACAGUACGAUUUUUACUAUAUUUAUGGAGGCAUGAGGGGCCCAGGGGGGGCUAGAUGGUGGUGUUAACACUAUAGGUUCAGGAAUACAUGUUUGUGUUCCUGACCCUAUAGUGAUCCUUUAACCCCUUAAGGACACAUGACAUGUGUGACAUGUCACGGUUCCCUUUUAUUCCAGAAGUUUGGUCCUUAAGGGGUUAAGCUCAUGCGGCCAUUUUCCACGGCGUCCAGUAACGCCCCCCCAGUGUGUGUUUUUAAUGCAUGUGAUGGUUUAUUUGUAAUAUUAAUUUCCUCUCCUUGCCUGCUUUAUUAGCAUUUUACAGAAUUUGUGUAAUUGUACUGUUAUCCAUAGGCUGUGUGACCUCUUCUAACGGACAUUUCCCCUGGUGAUCUGGUAUUUAUGUAAAAUAUUCUUCUUCUUGUCUUUAGGUAGCUUUAAAAAGUUACCCAUUUUCUGGAUCUUCCCAUAUUUCUUUGAAUCUCGCAUUGUGCAGUGUUUUCCAGAGUUCACCAUGCUGGAUUAUCAGGUACUCUGUUUUGGUCAUGUCCAUUAUUAUCCCUCUUGAUAUAUUGUCCUUAUUUCCUCUUGCUAAAUUGAACAGCAUAGAUCUUGCACUCUGAAUUUUAAAUAUCUCAUAGCACAAACAUAUAACAAAAGUCACAUUUCAAAGUUUCAUACUGUGUGCAUGCUUGAGUUGUCUAUAAUAACUGCAUUGCUUUCAGGUAGACUACGAUAACCAUUCUCUUUAUAAACAUGGGAAGACCGGGAGAAAACAAUCGCCUGUACGCAUUUUCACAGAUAUUCCACCAGAGAGUAUUGUGCUCCCGGGAAGUGAGGGUUAUAGGUAUGAUCAAUAAUACAAUCUCUUCUUUGGCCUAUGCUGUUUCUGACCUCUGCUCUUAGGCACAGACAAUAUGAAUAUUCCAGUCAUGGCUGACUCACAUCAGAGAUAAGACUAAUAUAGCUUGAAACGUCCUGAGUUAUAUAGCAUGGCACGGUCAUACAAGUGUAGAAUCCUAAACCCUGUAAACACAGUCAUUUUAAUAUUCAUCUAGGAUAGGUCUGUGUCUAUCGUUUAAUUACAAUGUAGGUGUAUAUCAUUGUUAAUCUUUUUUUUCCUUGUCAAUCUAGGUUUUGUUCUCUGUGUAAAAGAUUUGUGUCGUCUGCCAAUAAACACUGUGAUGUCUGCAAUUCUUGUACCUCCAAAGUAAAUACCACAUUUUCGUAUUUCUAUCUUUCAAAAAAAAAAAAUUUUAUAACCUCUUUCCUGAUGUGCUGAUCCGGUUAAAAAAAAAAAAAAAAUGGGCCAAGUGCUUCCGCUAGAAUCUGUCUUUAUGUGGUUGUAUGUUUAUAUGAUUAGUGAGAAGCAGCCUAAUUCCUUCAUUUGUCCUUUCUGAUGUAUUUGGAAGGUAUGAAUGGCUUGUAUAUUUUAAACAAUUCUAUUUGGCACUAACACAAGUGCCACAUUGUCUUCAAAACACUUUGUACAGGACAAAUGUCUCGGUGCCUCAAGAUAUGCAGGAUAACAGUCAUGGCUGCCUAUAGCCUGAAAAUCAUAUUGAUAUAUAUAAUACUACCUGGCAUCUCCUGAUUGACAUUAUUUGAACUCUCCCAUUGUAACGGAUAAGUGUUGUCCUUUGAUGGCUCUUAUCAAGUUAUUACUGCCCCCCUCACUCCUCUGUAGGUGGAUGAAGAAGUGCACUGAGUUUUACUGCUAGUUAGCAUAGCUGCCUAUAUAAACUGAGGAUUUAUGGCAUAGCCCUAGAAAAACAUGAUUAGUGGAGUUUUUGAAUUUAGUGAUAUAGAUCUACAAAAUGAUUUUCAUUUAGUAGACAUACCACUCUACACUUACCCUAGCAUUAAUAAAGGAUUUCCCCAUAUAAAUCAACAUUGGUUAUAAGUGAGGGUAUUGUCUCUCAGAUUCCCUUUGUAAGUGUUGUUCACCAAUGUUAUUAGGUGUUAUUUGGGGAUUUCUUAACUUUAAUUGUAUGCUCCAAUUCCUAAGGGUCAUCCAACGCUUUUCUGUUCCUUCUCUUUGGAACAUUUUUAUAUUGUCACAUAAACUUACACAUAAUUACGAAAGACAUCUCAUUUAAACAAACAUACUUCGUUCUUGUCUCACCGCUCCCAAUGCUCAUUCAGUGUAUCCUUUUCUGGUAACACUUCCACUCAUCAACCUGCCUCAGCUGGGGUCCCUCAAGGCUCUGUUUUCCCCCUUUACUGCCUCUCUUGGCAAAUUUCUGAGUUCCUUUGAUUUCCAGUGCCACUUAUAUGCCGAUGGAACCCAGAUUUACCUCUCACCCCGAUCUCUCUCCUGCUUUUCAUUAAACGUGUCACCAGCUUCCUCGCUUUCAUCUCAAAUGGAUGUCUUCCUGUUUCCUAUGAAUCAAUCUUUCUACCAAUAAGCUUCUUAUCUCCCCUCCUUAUUAAUCAGAUGCUCCCCUGGCACUCACCCUAGUAGGCAAUGAUACGUACACCUGUCAUUUAAAUUUGCUGCCUUGUUAAUAUCUUUGACACUGGCCACACUUUUACACCCCAUGCCCAGUCCUUUGCAAAAUCCUGUCAUUUCCACCUAAAAACAUAAUCUGACCGUACUGAUAUCAAGACAAAAGACAAUUGAUACUCAGAUUAAACAAAUUUCUGCACAUGUGUAGUUAUAGUUUCUGUAGCAUCUGCUUCUGAUCUGUCACUAAAAUAUUUUCUGUUUUAUGGUUUUUUUAUUUUCUAAGUAUGGUUUUUAUCCCUCCCAUUUAACUUUAGUCUGAGAAAUGUCUCAGUUGCUCAAUGCAAGCACUAUAGAGCCUGACCAAACCCUGAGUGUUAUAUGUUCUGUUCCUAACAGGGCAGCUCAUUCUCACCUCUUUACAAAGUUGAGUAACGGUAAAAUUUUAAUCAGAGAAGCCGGAGAGUGUGCACCAAGUAGUUUAAAUGCUGUGAAGAAUAACUCCCAAGAUGCUUUCUUUUUUUGUGAUUCUAGUAUGUUUAUUCAGUGGUUGUAUAAACUGCUAAUGGUCACUAUUCUUGGCCUACAGGACGGCAGGGGAUGGAAACACUGUUAUCUGUGCAAGAAAUGUGUGAAGCCAUGUGAGUAUGGAUCUGCAGCUUUAUUUAUGUUGUACAAAAAAAGAAAACAGUGAAAAAAAGGCAAAUAUUACUUUCACUGUUUAAUAUAAAUUGCCUGGAAUAUUUUGAAUAAACCCUUUGGCACCCACAGAGACCACUACCUAAUUUACCAUAUUCCAAGUGAUAGUUGCCCAUUCCUCUGUCAAUGAAUAAGCAAAACUGAAAAGGUGAAAAAACCCAAAAUGCAGCCCCAAAAAACAGCCCCCUCCUCCAAAAAACAAACCCCAAAAAACACCCCCCAACAACAAAAAACAAACCACAAACAAACCCCAAAAGUGCAGUACCAAAAAACAAAACAGUUUUCUGUAUAUUAUUUUAGCCAUAAUUGUAUUGUAAUGCCAUGUCUUGCAUUAUAGGGAUCUGUUUGGUGGCUAAUACUGCCUUAUGUCUAGCUGGGUAGAUCUUAAUGUUUAUGUUUCUCAAUGUCUGAUAUUUGAGUUUAUUUGUUUUUGUACAUUUUUCUUUAUUGGUUUGUUUUUUCCAAGAGUAAUUAGAGAUACAGAAAUAAGAAAUAGAUGAGCAUUUAAACAAUAAUGGUAUGGUACAUAAAUUCAAAUGAGUACAUCCCUCAUCAGUUUUCACCUAGCAAAAUGUACAUAAUGGUUUUUGGGUCAUAGUGUACAUUCUUACGUCAGUGAAAGGAGCUAUUUCUCAUGACCACAAAUUAUCCUGUUCUCUGAGGCCCACUGUGCGCUGCCUUUGGAAGGUAGUUGAAGUAUACAGGUAUUAUAAUUCCAAAUUACUGCUAAAGUGCCCAUUCCCUUCAUGUUAGGGUUCCCCAUGCCAUUUUCCCAUGUGUGUUUCUUUCGUUUGCCAGGAGUCCCGGUGCUGUGUGGCUCAUGGGAGUAGUCUGUCUCUCUCAGCUAAGUCUUUCCUGUUGUCUCCCCAUGUUGUCUUUCAUAUGGAUUAUUCCCCUAAGAGAUGGCAUGGGAUUAUAUCCAUCCUGCAUGAGUGUGGUGUGGAUACCUCCAAUCUGUGUACCCUAAAGAAUAGCCCCUAGCGCGAGUCUGAGGCGUACAUCGCCCACGCUUCCUGUAAUCUAGGCGCACGAAGGAAGAGCGAAAAAUUGUGCUGGUUUCAUUUAUCUGUUUAAUAAUAUAGGUGUGUCAGCUGUGGCUUGAGGGACAGAAAAGGCGGAUGAACACUAUUAGGUAAGUUUAGUAUGUUAGAUCCGCUAUACGUACAAGGGAGAGGGGGGAUAGGGGAAUUUUUUUUUAAUUUUUUAAAGGGGGGAGGUUAAAGUAUAGAAAAUAGGUAGGGGGACAGGUUGGAUUGUGUGCCCCCAGUCCGGCAGGUCAUCCCUGCCCACCUCAUUUCGAGCACGCUCAGAGCCAGAUGUUCCCCUCAUUUUACUCAGUGGGUUGGUUUCCAUGUUCAUCCCUGGUGCACAGGUAGUACGUCCAUGUCCUCCAGAUCUCUUCAUGUUUCUCCAUCCUUCCUCUCACCGCUGCUAUUUCUGCUUCCACCUGCCUGAUCUCCUCCACUCUUUGGAGCCAGGCCUGGAACGUUGGUGGUUCUCUCUGCCGCCACAUAACUGGGCUGAUAUUAUAAGUUAAUAUCCAUGUUAUGGAUGUGAAUUUAUGAAAACCUUGGUUUUCAUUGUAUCUUUGGUAUUUUGUUUCAAUAUAACAGAUUUCCUAGGCGCAGAGGUAAUGCACCUUUUUAGCAUUUUUAUUCUUACAGCUUCUGUAUCAGCUAGUGGUAUUGUAAAUUAUCUUCCUCAAUGUGUAUUACCAACCUUUUGACCUCAGUGAUAACAUGUGUAAUUUUUAGUAAGCGUUAGCAUUAAAGGGACACUAUAGUCAACAUAUAAAAGCUUGCUUGCUUUUAUAUGAACUUGACGUAAAAAAAUAUGAGUAAGUUUCAAUAAUAAAACUUACCUCCAUUCCAGCGCCGAGCUCCCCGCUAGGCCACACCCCCUUUUUUGUCAAAAUGACGAAAUCGCAUGGCCCAAUAGGACGCUUCUUCUUGAGAAGGAUCAUCGCGAUGUGGUACGCAUGCGCGGUUUCGCGCUGCACCAAUCGCAUUCUUCAUAGAGCGGCAUUGAAUGCCGCCCCAUUGAAGAAACUCAGUGCUCGACCAUGCAUUUGCGCGGAAUGCACGUUUGCGAGCUGAGCUGUCUGACUGACAGCUCAGCUCGCUUUCUAUACCCGCCCCCCUCCUCAGCCAAACUGUGUUUGCAUAGAAACACUAUAUAUAGAGAUAUCUCUAUAUAUAGUGUUUCUAUGCAAACACACAAGUAGUAAAAAAUUAGACCUACACACACACUCUUUCUCCAUCCCCAUCAUCCAUAUCCAUCCCCAUCAUCCAUAUCCAUCCCCAUCAUCCAUAUCCAUCCCCAUCAUCCAUAUCCAUCCCCAUCAUCCAUAUCCAUCCCCAUGUAUUCCCAUCAUCCAUCCAUAUCCAUUCCCAUCAUCCAUAUCCAUCAUUCAUCCAUCCAUUCCCAUCAUUCAUCCAUUCCCAUCAUCCAUAUCAUCCAUUCCUAUUAUCCAUCCAUCCAUCCCCAUCAUCCAUAUCCAUCCAUUCCCAUCAUCCAUAUCCAUAUCAUCCACUCCCAUCAUCCAUAUCCAUCCAUUCCCAUUAUCCAUUUCCAUCAUCCAUAUCCAUCCACUCCCAUCAUCCAUAUUCAUCCACUCCCAUCGUCCAUAUCCAUCCAUCCAUCCACUGCCAUCAUCCAUAUCAUCCAUCCACUCCCAUCAUCCAUAUCCAUCCAUCCAAUCCCAUCAUCCAUGCACUCCCAUCAUCCAUAUCCAUCCACUUCCGUCAUCCAUAUCCAUCCUCACCCACUCACCCUCAGUCACCCACCCACACUCAGGGCCGCCAUCAGGGGGUGACAACCAUGACGGUUGUCGGGGGCCCGGCCGUCCGGGCCCCACGUGUAUCAGCGGAACUGCCGCCGGUGCAUCUGCACCGGGGCCCACACGCUGUUGGGGCCCAUCAGGUGGCCCAAUGGGCCCUAUUAUCUUCAGGGGCCCGGACAGCGCUGUAACAGCGCGACCGGGCCCCUUUAAAAAAAAAAAAAAAAAAAUGCAGCUGGAAAGCAAGUGCUGCUGGGAGGAAGUGACCGGACGUCACUUCCUGCCAGCAGCAGUUACUUUCCAGCGGUUUACUCUGCGCAGUAAGGCAGAGAGAAAGCAUGAAGGCCGCGAGGAGAGGCAGCCAACUCACAUCAUCCCCAGCCACCCUCCUGCGACGAAAUGGAAAGGCUGAAAAUGAGGUAUGUGUGUGUGUGUAUAUGUAUGUGUGUGUAUGCCAGUGUGUGUGUGUAUGUGUGUAUGCCAGUGUGUGUGUGUAUGUGUGUAUGCCAGUGUGUGUGUGUAUGUGUGUAUGCCAGUGUGUGUAUGUAUGUGUGUAUGCCAGUGUGUGUAUGUAUGUGUGUAUGCCAGUGUGUGUAUGUAUGUGUGUAUGCCAGUGUGUGUGUGUGUGUAUGCCAGUGUGUGUGUGUGUGUAUGUAUGUAUACCAGUGUGUGUGUGUAUGUAUGUAUACCAGUGUGUGUGUGUGUGUAUGUAUGUAUACCAGUGUGUGUGUGUGUGUAUGUAUGUAUACCAGUGUGUGUGUGUGUGUGUGUAUAUACAGUGUGUGUGUGUGUGUGUGUGUGUGUAUGUAUGUACCAGUGUGUGUAUGUAUGUAUACCAGUGUGUGUAUGUAUAUACCAGUGUGUGUAUGUAUGUAUACCAGUGUGUGUAUGUAUGUAUACCAGUGUGUGUAUGUAUGUAUACCAGUGUGUGUAUGUAUGUAUACCAGUGUGUGUAUGUAUACCAGUGUGUGUAUGUAUGUACCAGUGUGUGUAUGUAUGUAUACCAGUGUGUGUAUGUAUGUAUACCAGUGUGUGUGUAUGUGUAUGUAUGUAUACCAGUGUGUGUGUGUGUAUGUAUGUAUACCAGUGUGUGUGUGUGUAUGUAUGUAUACCUGUGUGUGUGUGUAUGUAUGUAUACCAGUGUGUGUGUAUGUAUGUAUACCUGUGUGUGUGUGUGUGUGUAUGUAUGUAUGCCAGUGUGUGUGUGUAUGUAUGCCACUGUGUGCGUGUAUGUAUGUAUACCAGUGUGUGUGUGUGUGUGUGUAUGUAUACAUGUGUGUAUGCCAGCCAGUGUAUGUAUGUGUGUAUGUAUGUAUGCCAGUGUGUGUCUGUAUUUAGUAUGCCAGUGUGUGUCUGUAUGUAUGUAUGCCAGUGUGUGUCUGUAUGUAUGUAUGCAUGCCAGUAUGUGUAUGUAUGAAUGGCUGUAUGUAUGUAUAUAUCAGUAUGUGUAUGUAUGUAUGUUUGUCAGUAUGUCUGCAUGUAUGUGUGUGUGUGUCACUAUCUCCCUAUGCAUGUGUGUAUGUCUGUUUCAGUAUUUGUAUCUGUUAGUGUGUGUAUUCACUUGGGCGGGAUUUGGAGGCAGGCCCUGUGGGCGGGCUUGAAGCGGGGCCCAGACCUUGAGCUGUGUUAGGGGUCCCAGAAUUUCUGAUGGCGGCCCUGCCCACACUCACUAAAUAAGUUUACUUACAGUUUGAAUCCUCCCCUCCUCCUCUUCGGUCUUCAGUCUGUCAGCUCAAGCCACUCCCAUGCAGUGCUGACAGCCUCAGCACACAAAGCUCGUGCACAGUGCUUUGUGUGCUGAUAGCACAUGACAACCGUCAUGGUUGUCACCCCCUGAUGGCGGCCCUGAGUGUGGGUGGGUGACUGAGGGUGAGUGGGUGAGGAUGGAUGAUGGGAGUGGAUGGAUAUGGAUGACGGAAGUGGAUGGAUAUGGAUGAUGGGAGUGCAUGGAUUUGGGUAUGGAUGAUGGGAGUGGAUGGAUGGAUAUGGAUGAUGGGAGUGGAUGGAUGGAUAUGGAUGAUGGCAGUGGAUGGAUGGAUGGAUAUGGACGAUGGGAGUGGAUGAAUUCACCCAUGCGUGAAUACAUCAGACUUGAAUGAAGCCUUUUUAGGUCUUCUGAACUCGGAAGUCCCUCUGGUGGCCUUCUGAUUGACUGCAACAAGAGGUGUUUCAAGCUUCCAAUGUAAACGCUGUAUUUUCUCAGAAAAUACAGUGCUUACAAGAAAAAGGCUGCAGGGAGCUGUAGCACUCACCUGAACAACCUCAUUAAGCUGAAGUUGUUCAGGUGACUAUAGUGUCCCUUUAAAUUUGUGAUUCACACAAAUCACCCAUUUUUUUAACACCCCUUACGUAACACCCCUUAGCACUCUAUUCCACAGUACAGGCAUACCCCGCUUUACAUACACUUACUUUACAUACACUCGCGAGUACAGACAUACCUGAGAGUGUACUUAAAGGUGCCUCGUGAGAACAGACAUUUCUGCGCCUCUUCUGUUUGUGAGUGAACAGUAAAUAGAAGGUUCUAUUCUCACUCUGAGCAGCUCAGUUCAGUGUCAUUGGGGCAAGAACUUUUCACACUUUCUGACAUGGCACAGGUUAAUCAUCUCAAAUUUAUAAUGCCUUCUCCUAGCUGAACAGAUGUAUAUUUUUUUCUGCCCAUACAUUGUCCAUAUUCUGCAAAUGGCUGCCAUCCAGUGAAUAGGUUUACCCAUCCAGUGAAAGGGUUUAACCUGCCAUUUUCUAUAACUAUGACUUAGCAGCUUAGCUGCAUUAGCCACAAUUCUGAGGAUUCAAAGUUAAACCAUAAAUGCUUAAAGUGAUGAAGCAAAGUGUGCAACUAAGCUGCUAACAAAUACAAAUUGUCACUGUAUUGGCAGAAAAUGGCCCAGUGGGCAGGUUUAUUUUACUUUUCCUCCCAGUUUAAGGUUGUCAGAUGAGUAAAACAUUAAGGAUAAAUGGUACAAUCUGGAAUUAGAUUUUUUUUUUUUUUUUUUUUACGGUUUGUUUUUAACUGAAUAAAAGCCCACUGGAAAUAAAAUCACUGAAAAUCUGCAGUUGCAGUAUCAGCUAUGCCUGUAAAUUACUAUUGCAAUGCAGUACAUGCAUUGGGAAGUGAAAAAAGGUAUUGCUUCACUUUAAGUACAUUUUCGUUUUUUCAUAGAUGCUCUGGUCCCAUUGUGUACUUAACAAUGGUGUAUGCCUGUAUAUGCCUUACUUUCUAUUGCAUUACAUUGUAUAUUUUUUUUGCUGUAUUUUUAGUCUGGGUUCUGUGCUAUAAUCUUUUACCAGUUAAGGACCAAACAUUACUUUGUCAUUGUGCCAUUUGGGUCUCAAAAUAUCAUUUGUCAGCAAGCCCUGCUACUUUAGCUGUAGGACAUCCAUGCCCAUUGUUUGUCAUUGGUUGGAUGUGACAUUCAUUUUUUUAAGUGGGAAAAGAUUAUGAUUUUAUGAGCCAUCUUUAGUCCUUUUGGGGUUUAAUUUCAUAAAAGUAAUUAAUUAAGGCUCUUCAGGCAGACUGGAUGUAGGCCUAUCCUUUUAGGUAAUUUAUGCUAAAACCACAUGGAUUGAGACCUCACAGUAGGCAACCGAAUUCUGGUUGUUGUAGGUAAUGAUUGUUUUAGUGCUUAAUGCUAUGAAGUGUGUCAGCAUUAAGUGGCCUCUUUAAAUGAUUCCCUUUUUACCCUGAGAGAGAGGAAUUGGCAACUACCCAACUACCCAAGCAAACAGUGAUAUAAGGUACAAGUCAAGAGAUUUUUCCCUUCCUGGAGUGUUCACCUCACAGGUGGAACUUUCAUGGACCACAUAAGCACAGGAACCAGCCAUGCAGCUUAUUCAACUUUUUUUCUCCUUGACAACCAAAGGCUUUAACAAUGUUCUACUAUAGUUCACUGCAUGGCUUGGUCUCCUCUCUUCUCUAUUGCUGAAACUUGACUGACUUGAUCGUUAUGAGCCUGUUGUUCAUUGUCACGAUCAGGGAAUCAGUGGGUGAUAAGACCCUCACCUAGGCACAUAUUCAUUGCACAGUCCUCUUUCAAUGGGUGUGUGAUGAGAUUGUGACAUCACACAUUUGCUGGGACUUCCUGCUUUCACUGGACAGUUGGCCUCACCAUGUGCCCGACGGCCUAUUUGUGUAACAGCAGUUUGCCAUUUUUUGUUAGUUUAGCAAAAAACUUCCUUAGGAUUAUUACAAAGUGCUUAUACAUUUUCAAUGAAAAAGUAUACACAAAUAUAGUAAAUAUAUUACCCUGCAAUGUGUGCCUUCAUUCUAUUUUUACUUAAAGGGACACGAUAGUCAUCAAAACAACUUUAUCUUAAUUAAGCAGUUUUGGUGUAUAGAUCAUGCCCCUGCAGUCUCACUGCUCAAUUCUCUGCCAUUAAGGAGUUAAAUCACUUUUGUUUAUGCAACCCUAGUCACACCUCCCCUGGCUGUGACUCACACAGCCUGCAUGAAAACAAACUGGCUUAAUUUUUAAUCAGAUGUAACUUACUUUAAAAGUUUUUUAUUGCCUGCUCUGUAAAUUGAACUUCAAUUACUUACAGAAGGCUCCUGCAGGGUCUAGCAAGCUAUUAAAAGAGCAGGAGAUAAAAAAAAGUUCCAAAUUAAAUAGAUUGUGCACUAAAGGAAGUAUAAACAUUAGAUGACUCUUUACAGAAAAUGUUUAGGAAGGCUGUGCAAGUCACAUGCAGGGAGGUGUGACUAGUUCUGCAUAAACAAAGUGAUUUAACUCCUAAAUGGCAGAUAAUUGAGCAGUGAGUUUGCAGGGACAUGAUCUAUGCAACAAAACCAAUUCAUUAAGCUAAAAUUGUUUUGGUGACUGUGGUGUCCAUUUAAGUAUUUUUUUAAUAUGUGUAUUUCAGUACAAUACAACCUCUUUGUAAUGUAGAAAGGAUACAUUGCUAUUAAUUUGUGUUCUACAGCUUGGAUACAUUGUAAUUCCUGUAGACGGUGUGCGCUACCCACUCACUCCUGUGGCAGUGCAGAAAGUGGUUGCUUUGUGUGCGGAGAAAAUGAUCACAAACGCAGUAGCUGUCCACGCCAACGUGAGACUGGAACCCCUAAAAAGUGAGUUACUAAGAAUUUAUUUAUACAUCAUUAAGUAAAAGAAAUUUGUCUGACUACUCUAAAUUAAUUCUUAUUGGCCUUUUCUUGUAUCUGAUCCAGAAACUGUGCUAUGUUCAGAUCAUACAGUAUGUAGAAAGUGGACUGUUAUUGUAAGUUACACAGUUGUAUACGUGGAUGUGAAUUACAUCAUACCAGUCAAUGAGUCAUUUGGCUUUCUCUGUUCAUAAAUCCAUAGUUAGGUUUAGCUUGUCAAAGUGCACACAGGUCUCUCUGCAGAUUAGAUUAUCACAUUGAAAAGUACUAAUAAUUCUCCUUCUGUAAUAAAACACGUCCAUCGUGGGGGAAAAUUCAAAUAAACCUGAGUCAUAUUGCCUACACAAGUAAUCACUGCGGAUUUUGUUAAAAUCCAUUUUAAAUUAAAGAUUUCUUGUUCUCAUGAAAGAAUAAAAUGUGAUCUAUUUAUUUUGUUGGUAACUUUAUGGAUAUGGUAAUCAGUUGGCUUUACAUACCUACAGUUAAACCUCCUUACUGUAUGUCAUUAGUUAUCUGUCUCAGUAAGGGUACACUGCACCCCUGUCUUAUAGUAACCAUGUAGCACAUAUUGGAAUGUUGUGAAUUACGGUGCCAAUCUUAAUUUGCAGAAAGAAAGUUCGAGCCAAAAAGUAUUUUAGCAGAACUGUAAGAAACACUGUACCUACUGCAGCUGGUCAUAAGAAGAUGAAGAAAAGAAAAAAGAAGCCUCUGUCUUGAUUAGCUUUAAAAACUAGUUGCUAAGCUGCUUUUACACACGUAGUCAUGUCCACUCGUAAUAUUUUAGCUGUUCUAUACCAGUUGCCGAAUAAAGAUCAGACUUCACUGUUAACAUGCCAGAAAAAAAUUAAGAUGUUAUUUUAUAAUCAUUUUUGUUUUUCUUAAAAUUCCAAUACACAGUGAAGAAUCCACAACUGUUUACAUGUAUUUAUCAUUAAAGUGGGUCUAUCACAUUUGUAACGAGUCUUUUUGAAUCCCUCAAAAAAAAAAAAUUAAAAAAAAUACCAGCAGUGGUUCAUAGGAUUUGUAUAGUCUAACAGUCGUACUGACCAGUUGGUUUCAAUUACCGUUAUCUAUCUGCAUAAGGUAAUUAAGACAUUCAAGACAAUGUUCUAAUGACCAAGACUUUUUUUUUUUUUUUAAAAGUCGAUGUCAAUAGUUUAAUUGAAUUGGAAAGUUGCCAUCAUCGCCCGUGGUUAACUAAUAUACCAAAAGGGCAGUUUUUAAGGGUACGCAGGAACUGCACCAAGAAAGAAGAUUAUGCUAUUAUGCAAUGACCCUUAAAGACCAAUUGGUUCAGAAGGGGAAUGCAGAAAAUGACUUGUAUGAUAAAAUAGACCAAGUUGCGGAUAUGGAUAGGUCUCUUUUGUUACAAUAUAGAAAGAAAGAAGAUAACAUACAGAAGAACGAUCAGAUUCCUCUUAUUUUUAACUUUUAGAGUAAUAUUGGUAUUGUCAAGAACAUUAUUAAUAAGAACUGGCACAUUCUGCAACAUGAGGAGGACGUUCAAUAGUACAUAGGCAGUAAACCGAAGUUUAUUUUCAGCGGAGCGAGAAACUUAAAACAAAUGCUAACCUCAAGCUUCAUCAAAACUGAGGCCCCUAAGAAUUUUUUAAGUAACUGGACACAAGAGCAGAAGGGCUUUUUUCAUUGUGGAACUUGUCAGGCCUGUUGUAACACCUUAAGAACUAAUAAGAAAGUUGAAGAUUUUCACUCCUCUGUUACCAAUAGGAAAUAUCAUAUUAAAUCUCUAAUUACGUGUCACUCCACCUAUGCUGUUUAUCUUUUGCAGUGUAGCUGUGGAUAUCAGUAUGUGGGAAAGACAUCCCGUCAGCUAAAAAUAAGAAUUAGCGAGCACCUUAGAAACAUUCGGAAGGGUUUUUUAAGUCAUAGUGUGUCAAGACAUUUUUUGCAACAUCAUAACUCAGACCCAAGGUUUCUAAGUUUCUGUGCAAUUGAGAAGGUGGUAGGAGACUGGAGAGGAGGGGCAGAAGCGGCUCUUUAAUUAGGCGGCCGCCUAAGGCCUCGCGCUAGAAGGGACCUUGCAGCCGCCUAGACCAUGUAGUUAGAGAGACACUGCAGUGCUUUCCCAAUAAAAAUUAAAUAUUAAUACUUUAAUGCUGGCCGGCGGCCGCAUCAACAUUGCCGCGGCGCUGGUGCUAUUACAAGAUGGAACCCUCUCACAUGGGUUUCAUCCGUGCAGGACUGAGUCUCCUCCCCUCCUCCUGCACACUAACCUGGUAAUCGGCCAAUCCGAGAUGCCGAUGAUGUCACGACGUAACCCCUCCCUGCAUUCCCCCGCCUGCGGUACCAAGAAGAAGAGAAGAGUAGCUGCUGCUGAAGGCAAGAGAGCAGAGGAGAAGAGAGAAAACGGAAGGAGAGCAGAGGAAAAGAGAGAAAGGUAAGGAGAGCAGAGAAAAUAAAGCAAAUGGGAAGGAGAGCAGAGAAAAUAAAGCAAAUGGGAAGGAGAGCAGAGAAAAUAAAGCAAAUGGGCAGGAGAGCAUAGAAAAUAAAGUAAAGGGGAAGGGAAGGAGAGCAGAGGAAAAUAAAGAAAAGGGGAAGGGAAGGAGAGCACAGAAAAUAAAUUAAAUGGGACGGAGAGCAGAGGAAAAGAAAGAAAAGGGAAGGAGAGCACAUGAAAAUAAAGUAAAGGGGAAGGAGAGCACAUGGAAAUAAAGUAAAGGGGAAGGAGAGCACAUGGAAAUAAAGUAAAAGGGAAGGAGAGCACAUGAAAAUAAAGUAAAGGGGAAGGAGAGCACAUGGAAAUAAAGUAAAGGGGAAGGAGAGCACAUGAAAAUAAAGUAAAGGGGAAGGAGAGCACAUGGAAAUAAAGUAAAGGGGAAGGAGAGCAGAGGAAAAGAAAGAAAAGGGAAUAGAGAGCACAGAAUAAUGGUGGUAGAUCAUGUACAAUAUUAAUAUUAAAUAUUAAUAUAAUAAUUAUAUUAUUUACUAUAAUUAUAUUAUAAUUAUUAUAUUAAUUAUAAUCAUUAAUAAUUAAUUAAUAUAUUAACAAUACUAUUAUGAUAAUAUGUAAUAUGUUAUAAUUACAGUAUAGUAUUAUUAUAGUAUUAUCAUAUUUUAAAAAAAAAAUCAAAAAAACAUUUUUUAUUAUUUUGCAUGAAGAAGCCUGUAAAAGACGAAGGCAGCUGUCUUGAGACUGUGCCGUCUCUGUCUCCUUUUCAAGCUGCUCAGGGCUGCAUGGACACUAGACACCAAAUCGUGAGGUCCCUCUCAUUUCAUCUCUCUCAGGUAAGAAACCUUUUUUUCUCACUACUUCCAAUGUAGUUUAAUGGUUGAAUCAGGAAGCCGCUGGCUGGCUCAGCCAAUCACACAACAGAAUGGGAAACAUACCAUACAUAUUUUUCUCACUCUGUUUUUGUGAAUGGGGAACUAUUUUUAGGCUGAACUCUCAGAUGAUCUUCUUAGCCUAUCAUUGGUGCCCCAAUCAGAAGGUUAAACCAAAGUAUUAAUUGGCGUUAAGAAAAAAUUAAGAAAAUCUAUAUAUAUAUUUAAUUUUUAUUUGUUUUUAGAUAACUUUUUGUUAAACUGCUUAAGUCGUGUCUCUUUUUUCAAAAAUCAUUUUUUAUUAUUUUGCAGGAAGAAGCCUGUAAAGGGCGAAGGCAGCUGUCUUGAGACUGUGGACAAGUGAGCCGUCUCUCAAUCUCCUUUUCAAGCUUCUCAGGGCUGCAUGGACACUGGACACCAAAUCGUGAGGUCCCUCUCAUUUCAUCUCUCUCUGGUAAGGAAGGUUUUGUUUUUUUAUGAAGAAAAUGAGCUGAGAUCUGUAUAGGUGCAGAUGAGAAGAUGAGUAGUUCUGUAAUAUAAAACUACUCUAAUCUCCUGAUGAGAUAUUCUAUGGCUACUAUUUUGGUGAUCAUGUAUGGAUGUAAUGGCUUUAUGUGGGUAUCCAACUCUAUAUGACUACAAUUGGUGCCUCUGUCAGAGGGUUAAACCAAAGUAUAAAAUUAUAUAGAUAGAUACACAUAGUCUAUAAACAAAUAGCACCCCAAGGACUUUGUUAUAAGGUGAAAAUAACUUGGCUUUUUAUUCAGCAAAUGCCAUAGUGAAUCAUCGUUUCAGUUCCUGACGAAAGUUCCGACAAGUAACUGAAACAUUGAUUCACUAUGGCAUUUGCUGAAUAAAAAGCUCAGUUAUUUUCACCUUACUACGAAGUCCUUGGAGUGCUAUUUGUUUAUAGACUGUUGUAAUUUUGCUGACACGCACCAGGCUAAUUUUAUUCCUAAUACUGGAGUGCAAGCAUUGGAUAUUGUGUGUGUGUGUGUAUAUAUAUAGAUAUAUAGAUAGAUAAUAGCAAAAAGUAUAGCUGCACUCACGGUUGAGAAAUAAAAUCUUCAAAGCUUUAUUUGGUCAUUUAAAAUAAGGAUCGACGUUUCAGUCCAACUUGUGGACUUUCCUCAGGAUCAAAACAUGUCUUGUCCUGAGGAAAGUCCACAAGUUGGACCGAAACGUUGAUCCUUAUUUUAAACGACCAAAUAAAGCUUUGAAGAUUUUAUUUCUCAACCGUGAGUGCAGCUAUACUUUUUGCUAUUUUCUGGAUACACUUGAGUCCAGGCUGGCACCCGGCAACUUUUUUGAAAUAUUACAGCUUGAGUGCAGGGACGUUCUCUAUAUUACAUAUAUAGAUAUAUCUUUGUUGUGUGGUUUCUAUAUUUUUAGUAUCUUGUGUUACAUUUAGUGUCCCUUGAUUCCGCUUGUCAAGCUAGGAUUUAUGCUAUUUGUUGCAUAAACCCUGGAUUGGCAAGCGGAAUCAAGCGACAAUACAAGCAUCCUUAAAUGAGGAUUAUAUCGCUCACAUGCCUACAAGUGGAGCUCUUGAUAGCUCCACCCAUUUGUAAGGGCAUUUCCUUUUUUUCUCACAUUAAAGAGAUACUACACUAUAUAUUUCUCCAUUUUUCAUCUUUUACUCUAAAUACCACCUGUGCGCUACUUCCACUUUCCCACAUAAAUAUGAUUUUAUUUAUUUCCAUAUUCACCUGUUUUUUCUUCCUUAUGCUUUUCACUCCAACUCCAGGGGACGGCACUGUUUUAACAAAUUAGUGUCUUAUCCCUAGGAAUUCUGCAAAAUUGCAUUGGGCAUGCCUGACUGGUUUACACAUGUGCAGUUGUAAGAUCUUUUCACAUGGCAACAUCCUGACCGGUGGGAGAAGAGAGGGAGUCUGAACUGUGUGAUUUAUGUAGAGCAGGCUUCUUUGUUGCAAUUCUCUUUCCUGCAGUUGCACAAUGAUGCCCUGUUUCUUUCAUUAGUGGACUAAUCUGAGAUGGGUGUGGAAAAGGGGGAGGGGCACUGAGAUGCAUUCUCCCUUUAUUUUAUUUUGUUUGCUUACUGGUUUAAUAAAUUAUCAAGCGAUGCCCCUGAUAAUGACUGAGGUAUUGUUAAUUUUUCUCUCGAUACUUACAGGGUUAUUCACACGAAUUUCAUCUAAAUUGAUAAAAGCCCUUUACUUUAACACAUGGCUCCAUCAAUUUGACCUGCAAUACAUGUUAAUUUGUUUGAUAGUGAUUAAAAAUAACAAUAAAAAAUAAAUAUAUAUAUAGUGUGUGUUAUGAAGCUUUGUAGAGAGUGGUUUUUCAAAGUUGCUUAAGUUGUAUGGUUUCAGUAUUUCGAGAUUUUGAGCAUCUUCUGUUAGGUGUAUAUUCUCAGAUUAGAAAUGAUUUGGUUUGUUAUAUAAGUGGACAGUGAGGGGUUUUACUUUACAUGAAUACAGUACUUCAAAUACAUAUUUUGUUAAAAAAGAUUUAAUAAUGACUAAGGUAUUGUUUGUUGCAGCUGAAUUGAUAGGAUCCUUAACUUUAAAGUAGGGCAAAAUCAAUUAGACAGCAAUUUGUGUUAAUUAGUUUGAUCAUGAAUAACCUGUUAGAAGUUUCUAGGACAGAGUAGUGCAAUCAUUUGUUGUCUUUUUCAUUAUUUAUAAUAUCUCAUAGAUAGUGGUGGACCUGAUACAAGGCAGGGCAUGUGAGUGGUCAGAGAGGUUAUUUGAUGUGUGAUCUGUAGCAAGCUGGUCAGGGUCUCUACCUGCUGAGCCAAAUACUUACAGAAAAACUCAGUUUCCUGGCACACUUAGUAAUCUGUUUUUUGUUUAUUUGCUUGUACCAGGGUCAGACAAUAUUCAUACCUACAGAAGUGCGGUGACUUAGCAUGGAAACAAUCUGACGGUUCUGGCCAAUUGAGAGUCCAGUAGUAGAAACAACUUCAAUCAGUCAGAACAUCUGUUCCUGCAUUGAUACUUCAACAUUGUUGAUUUAGAUGUUCUAAAAGUUAAAACAGAAAAAAUAGACUCAUAUUGUGUGUAUUACUGUACUGUGUAUAGUUAGUAAGAAAGAUUAUCAUCAUUUCUUAGUUUGUUAUCCUGUUACAACAAAUAUGCAUAAAAGUGGCAGGGAAUGUGAUAAGGGGUGAAAAUUUGAAUCUGGUAACCAGAAAAGAACAAAGAAUACUGCUUUUGAGAAAUGCAAAGAAGAACUAAGAGACUCUAUGCAAAAAUAUUUGAAGACAGGGAAGAUAACUGCAAGCGAAGAAGUACCGGAGGAUGAACCUGAGAUAGCAGAAUCAGUUUUGACUGAAAGAGAGGAAGAUUCACAGCCAAGCACUUCAAAUCAGUUUGAACAACGUAACAUUUUGUUUAGCACUGAAGAAGAAGAUACAGAAGAACCACAGGAAUUGGUCUCUUUUCAUGCAGAGUGUAGUUAUCAGCCUCUUACCUAUGAUCCUGCAGAAUGGACUUUCCCAGUGGAAGAUAAAGAUAGAGGCUAUUUUAUUCAGAAAGGACCCAUAAGAGAAGACAUUUUAACUUUCCCAUUAGACAGUACAAAACGGCCUUUUUCUACCUUUCAUUACACAAGGAUUCUAAGCAACAAGGAGACACAAGAUAGGCGUUGGUUAGUUUAUUCUAGACACAAGGACUGUGUUUUCUGUUUUGCCUGUCGUUUAUUUUCAUCAACACGGGAAGCUUUAGUGUCUGAUGGCUGCAGUGACUGGAAGAACCUGAGCAAUCGACUUCAUCUUCACGAAAACAGUUCUGACCAUUUACAGAACAUUAUUACAUGGAUGGAAGCUAGGAAGAGAUUCCGAUGUGGUAAAACUAUGGAUGCAUCAGUUCAGAAGCAAAUACUGCUGGAAAAGCAACGUUGGCGUGAAAUUCUAGAAAGACUCCUAGCCACGGUUCAGUUUUUAGCAUCUCACAACCUACCAUUUAGAGGUCACAGAGACACUUUAGAAGAAGAGAAAAGUGGUAAUUUUAUAGACCUGAUGAAGCAUUCUGCAAAGUUUGAUCCUGUUCUCUGUGAACAUUUACAGUGA